UAAGAUUUUUGUGUUGCCAAUGUUAAACUAUGAUAAUAAGUGCGUGGUAUUGCAGGUUAGCAUGAUGUUGUUUCCAGGCGAGGCUGCGAAAUGUCUGAGCUCAUGGACAGGUCUCCAAGGAUUCAUAUUCCAGCAAAAGCAGCUUUUCUCUUUUUAGGCUUUUCAUCAUUCUCAGUAAUUAUAUAGUUAUUUUUUUAUUAAAUUUUAUUUAUUUUCAUUUGGAUUUGUAAGUGGCCAUUAUUUAUUUUUGGGUUUUCUAUGGUACUUAUUUUUAUUUAAUUUAAUUUGUUAAAGCGGGUUAGGAGCAUGCUAGGGAUUUUCUGAUUAUUUCAUCUGGUUGCAUCUGUUUUUAUUAUGCUGACUCAUCGCCUUUUGUUCUGCAAUU